ACAUUUUAAACCGACUCGAACGCAGAGUGAUGUUGUGAUGAGGCCCUUCAAGGAUUUGAGUGACUAGUCUUCCCAGACCAUCACAUCAGCACCUAGGGACGUCAUCCCCCAUAGGAUGUGAUAGCAUGAUCUCUUGCACAUGGAAGGACAGUGCAUAGGAGAGGCAUACCAAAUCAUCCUGUGAUGCUUUUUUAUUUCUUUUAAUUUUAACAACAGUUUUAAUUGAUUCAAGAUGGAAGAAAAUAAAAGUGAAACAGCCAGAGAUUCAAGUGGAGUGAAGCCCAACCCAAAAGAUGAGACCAAUGGUGCAUGCUCAUCCCCAGAGGACCAAAAGAUUACAAACAAGGGAACAAGUGAUGGGGACCAUCUUGCUGAGACAGGCAAGGAAGUGGAAGACCGCUGUAAUGGGGAAAUUUACAAGAAGAAAGAUUUUUCAGAAGGGCAGAAAGUGGAGGAUGUAACAGGAUCAUCAUCGGAAAAUGAUGCUUCAGAAACGGCUGAGAAAACCAUGAAGAGAAGAAAGAAAAGGCCCAAGAAUGUAUCGCAAGAGGCUCAGGACCGUCAAAAGAAAAUGCAGCAAAUUCAAGAUGUACUGUCUUCCACUCCACUAGAUUUAGAAGUCCUUCGAAAACUUGCAAUUGGUGAUGGCGGUCUUAUAAAAGACGAGUUACGCCGCAAGGCUUGGCCGCGCCUCAUGAUGAUUGAGCAUAUGGAAGUGACCCCCAAACCCACCCUGGACACGAUCAAAAGCCACAAGGAUUACCAGCAAGUGGUGCUGGAUGUCAACCGGUCCCUCAAACGCUUCCCUCCUGGAAUAGAUGAUGAUUACAGGCUGGUUCUGAUGGACCAGCUCACCACUCUCAUUAUUAGGAUUCUCAUGAAGCAUCCCGAACUGAAUUAUUACCAGGGGUUUCAUGAUGUUGCUAUAACAUUCCUUCUGGUCAUGGGUGAAGAUGUUGGUUAUGAGAUGGUGGAGAAGCUCUCCGUCACACACCUGAGUGAGUUCAUGCGGCCAACAAUGGAGAAGACCACAUAUUACCUCACCUACAUAUAUCCCAUUCUUCGAAGGGCAGACACCAAGCUGUACCAGUUUUUGAUAGAUUCAGGUGUAGGAACAGUGUUUUGUUUGCCCUGGCUUAUUACAUGGUUCGCUCACACACUUUCUGACUACCGCAAUGUGGUGAGGUUAUACGACUGCUUCUUGGCUUCCCCUUAUCUCAUGCCCAUGUACAUAGCUGCAGCAAUUGUUUUACACAAGAAAGAAGAUGUUUUAGCUGGAGAAUGUGAUAUGGCAAUGCAACAUUAUAUUCUUUCACAGGUUCCUGAUACAUUACCUCUGGAGCGCAUCCUAGUAGAUGCAGGGGAAUUAUAUAACCUUUAUCCACCUGACACUUUACAAGAGGAAGUCAAUGAGUUUCUACAGAAAAAGGCUGAAGAAGAGAAGCUGGAGAAGCAGCAAGUCCUCGAGAGACGUAAGAAGUUUGAAGCAGCAAGGAGAGGUCAGAAUUACCGGGGGAUCCUUGCAACGGUGUUCAGAUACCUUCCCACUGGUGCCAGCUCAGAGGAACAUGCUUGUGAAGGUGGCUGCCUUUGCAGUAACAGCAUACAUUGCCACUAGCCUUUAUAGCUACUAUUCCAAUUCAGCUCUUGUGUUUCC